AUGGAAUAUAUUCGUAAUCAUCAGUCAAAUAAACUUGUCGUCGUCAAUUUGUUCACAAUUUACUGAGUGAAUACAAAAAGAUUAUUCAUAAUGCAUGGUCGAGUAAAAGUGCGUACUACAGCAGAGCAGGAGGAGAUUAAAAAAAGGGAGAGAGCAGCCAAAGUUGCUCAAUACAAGGCCGAUAUGGCUAUAGUAAUUCAAAAGAGAAAGGAUAAAAUAUGGGAUGACGAAUUAUUAUUAAUUACUAAGCGUAUCCUACUAAGUAAUCCAGAUAUUUAUACAUUAUGGAAUAUUCGUCGUGAAACUUUUGAGAAUAACAAAUGGAGCGAUGAAGAUUAUAAGCAACUACUUGAAAAUGAGAUGAGUUUAACUGAAAACUGUCUUAGAGAAAAUCCUAAAUCAUACAGCGUGUGGCACCAAAGAUGUUGGGUGAUGGAACAAAUGCCUGAACCUGAUUGGAAAAAGGAAUUAGCAUUGUGUGCAAAAUGCUUAACUUUAGAUGAAAGAAAUUUUCACUGCUGGGAUUACAGAGAGUUUAUUGUACAGAAAGCUGGAAUUUCUAAUGAAGAAGAAUUUGAAUUUUCCACAAAGAAGAUAUUAAAUAAUUUUUCAAACUAUUCAUCUUGGCAUUAUAGAAGUCGAAUAUUAUACAAAAUGUUUGGUACUCCAUUAGAGGAGAUACCAAUCAUAGAUGAAAAAUAUAGAGAAGAGCUCGAUCUCGUCAUGAAUGCAACUUUUACUGAUCCCAAUGACUCUAGUGCAUGGUUCUACCAAAGAUGGCUUUUAGAUAAGUGCAUAACAACUUGUAGGCUGUGGCGUGCUCGCGUUAACAAAAAUACCGCUAUCAUUGUUAUUGACAACAAUAUACUGAUUGAACCAGUUUCGCUUUCACUAUAUGUAAAUGGCAAGGCUGUUGAUAUACAAUGGCAGCUAUAUCCGGAUGAAAAGUUUGCAAAGUUACAAAUUGCUAGAUUUGUAAAUCCAUUGGAAAAUUUGGAUCAUGCCAAGGAAGUUUUCAUAAAAUUGCAAGAAACUGCAUAUGAACUCUCAUAUUCGAAAUUGGAAAGUGCAUGGAUUUACAAAGAUAAUUCAAGUUUACACAAACAAAAUAGCAACGACGAACAAUUAAAUGAACAAUUAAAAAGUUAUAACCAACUUUCUAAAAUGGAACCAAAUAAUAAAUGGGCCUUAUUAACUGGUAUAUUAUUAAUGAAGAAGAUUGAUUUAAAAAAAUUUUAUACUGAUAUAUUAAACAACUUAACGGCACUAUCGCAAAUCGAUAGUCUUCAAAAUUACUAUAAAGAUUUGCGAAGUAAACUCUUAGUGGAAUAUAAAUUGCUCGAAAUAUGGAAAGGAGAAAAUGAUUUGGAAAUACAGUCCAGAAUUGAUUUAUCGGGAUUAGAUUUGACGAAAUUACAUAAUAAUCAUUACUUUGGUUUUUUUGAAGAAGUGAAUCUUGGUGCAAACCAGUUGGAGAAUUCUUUGCAUCAAUUUUCCACAUUACAACAAUGUAUAAAGCUGUCACUUUCCAGCAAUAACUUAAUGUCGUUGAAACAUCUUCCUACUUUACAUAAUCUCGAAGUUUUUUCUUUGAGAAAUAAUAACUUAACAAAAGAAGAGAUAUUAAACUUGAUAAAACGUCAUAAAAAUUUAAAAAGAUUAGAUUUACGAGAUAAUCCAGUAUGUGAAAAGAUUAAUAUAACUCAAAUUCAAGAACUAAACUGUAACUUGGAAAUAUGUUUAAAAUAACAUUGGAAGAUAAAUAUAUAUACUUUA